AUGGCCGCAACCCCCGGCUCCCACCUCAUCCUCCUGCACCAGGUCCCCUCAAAACCCAACACCAAAGUGCGCUUCCUCGGCUGCGUCACAACCCACGACCCCACCUCCCCGCUCGUCCACCUCACGCACCCGCCCUCGCGCCUCGCCAUCCCCGUGGACAUCAGCCUCGUGGCGCCCAGCCUGCCGCCGGGGUCGCUGCGCGACGGCGAGUGGGUCAAUGUGGUCGGGUACACGCCGCCUGUGGGCGAGGAGCUGGUGGUGACGGCGCUGCUGCUGUGGGGCGCGGGGGCGCUGAGGUUGGGGGAGUAUGAGCGGGUUGUGGGGGCAGAGGGGGGGUAA